UUAUCAUUUGAAUAUGUUUAGGAUAUACCUAACACAUCAAACACUGUUCUAAGAACUUCAAACAAAAUCAUGCUUUCUCAUAAGGUUUUAUUGAACUUCCUCAUUCGACUACGAAUACGCUGCCUAAAGUGUGAUCUUUAGACCUUUAAAAGGGGUUAUUAUUUCCAAAUACUGUAGUGACAAGCUAUUCAACAGUUUGCGUUCAGUUAGUUUGCUGGAUGAAUAUGUAUAAAGAGUUGUGUCUCUCUAGCUCUCCAUUCCUGACAAGCUAAAAGAUGCGAGGCAAGAAAUCUGCUGCUGCUGGGACAAUAAGGAUUUUAUUUGGGAUGAUAAUCUUACUAGACAUACUGCAUGAUGCUACAUCUGAAGAUCAAGAAAAGGCUUCAACCCCUGGAGUCCCAAGACACAAAACUGAUGGAGACUCAAACACAACAGAUACUCACCUAAGUAGCUAUAGCAACAUAACAACAAUUAGUAACCGUGCCAACAUAAAAAAUCAGAAUGAAACAGGAGAUGGUCAAAUAACAUUAUGGAUUUCAUUGGCAUAUCUUGGGGGCAUUGUCUCAGGUUGCAUCCUGGGAGUUAUGAUAAGUUACGUUAUCAAUGUAAAGAAAUAUUCUCAAUGUUGGACAUCAAAAGAGGGUAAUGAACAAGAAGCUGCCAAACCUAUAUUGGUUAAAUCAUCUGAUAAUAAAGAAAUUGUUAAGAAUGAAUACUUGGAUACAAGACCUAAUGACGAACUCCUGUAUUUGAAUGUUAUUGAGGAUGACAAGGACAUGAAAGUAGAUGUAGAGAAGGGUGAAUCUCAAGCUAAACAGACUGAGGGCAAGACUAGAGAUCCUACUCACAAUCCUACUGAUGAUAUUAGAGAUCUUUCUUCUGAUAGAUCUUCUAAUAGUCCUACUGGGGAAAUAUAUAAAAACCAGAGAUUUUUUAAUGAGGAUGUUCAUUCGACCACAGACAAAUCCUCACCAAAACCUGAAGUAAAAGAUGAGACUAUCAGACAGGGAAAACGUAAGGCAAAGAAAAGAGAAAGUGAUACUGAGCCACCAAAUCUGAUCAAUGAUCAAGAAAUUGAAAGUGAUCAAUUUUAUGUUAACGUAGAUCAUAAAAAAAAUCCACGAAGGUUUAAGCCUAGUGUCGCUCGAAAACCAUCAUUUUUACGAAAAGUAUUCUUACAUAAAGGGAAGACUUUGGACCCAUGUGAUAAAGCUUAUGAACAUUUGGGAAGAGAAUCAAUGUCAGGCCCAUCUAACACAAGUGAUUUGUAUGAGCCUUUACAAAGAGGAACAAUCUAAUAGCCUUUAAAGGAAAUUGAAGGGAUAGACAGCGCUAGAUGCUUGAAGCAAACUUUUUGAAAGGCAUGCCAAUAUUUCCAGAAUUCUCUGAAAAAAGGACUGAGACACGGAAUCUAUCCACAUAUAGAAGUGCUUGAAGAUUUCAGAUGCGACAUAUUCAAAAGAAUUAAAACUGAAAAGGUGGAUAUCUCCUUCAAAUCUAUGGCCAGAUUACUCUGAAAUAAAUUCAAAACUAUUGAACUUUUUAGAAAAUGGGCAUGAUAUGGAAUGAAGAGAGUAAAUUUAAAGGGACAUAUUUGAACAACUUGAGUGUGAACCUUUAAAGG